UUGUGCGAUUCUCAACAAUUCUGUAGCAAAUCAUUGAAAACGGCAUUUAAAAGAGCAGUUUCACGUGCUUCCGGUUUAUCGAACGAACCGGUAAAGACAUGGUGGUUUAGGACUAAUAAGGAGAUAAAGUAAUUUUGAUUUUAAUAUUAGCAUUUUAAAGUAAUUAAUAAUAACCUAUAAAUAUGAACAACCUGACACCCGAAUCCUUAACCGAUAAAGAAAGGAAUGAACUUAUGCAACAAAUUAAACAAGAACUUGCUGUUGCGAAUGCUCAAGAGUUGCUCUCGAAAAUGUCAGAAAAAUGCUUUAAAAAGUGUGUACUGAGGCCGGGUACUUCUCUGGAUAGUUCUGAACAGAAAUGUGUAGCAAUGUGUAUGGACCGAUAUAUGGAUGCAUACAAUCUUGUAUUGAAAACGUACAGUGCUCGAAUACAAAAGGAGCAUGAUAGACUGUAA